UACCGGUGAUGUUAUCAUCAAAGCUGUUGCCUGAGAUGGAAGUAGAGGACAAUUCUAAGAGAGAACAGUUGUUGAUUGGAAUGCAAAAUCUCCCUAUACUCAAACAAAUUGAAAAGAUAAAGGCCAGAAUUGAGAUGAUUGGAGCUGCAUGCGAAAGUGCUGAAAAGGUCAUAGCUGAUACCCGGAAGGCGUAUGGUUUGGGAGCUCGUCAGGUACAAUCAGUUGUUCCAACUAUUGAUAAAGUUCAAGCUGCCAAAAUCCAAGAGCAGGAGAAUUUACUCCGAGCGGCCAUAAAUUCUGGAUCGCGAAUGCAAGUAGAUCAAAGGCAACUUCCAGCUUCCCUUCCAGUGCAUCUCGUAGAUGUGCUUACUGUUGGAGACGGUCCACAGAAUUUUCCUGAUGCUUCUGGCAUGUAUUCGAAGAACACACCAACAUCUAAUAAUGUUAACAGCCAAGGAGCACUUCUACAGUCUACGGCAGCACAAAUUAUAGGGAGAUCAAUUCCAUCACCUGGUAUUACUGGAGCUGCUUCAUUUGAUAAUACAACCACUUCGCCUCUGCCAUAUGCGAACUCACCUAGGUCUGGCACAAACAUAAUGAACGCACCUUCUCCUCAGCAACAAACACAACAACAACAGCUGCAUCAACAACAACUUCAGCAGCAGCAACAACAACAACAACUUCAGCAGCAGCAACAACUUCAAAGGCAGAAAAUGAUGCAGCAGUUACCUCCCCACCAGCAGCAACUUUUUGCCCAACAGGCGCUUAGGCAGAAUGUGGGGCAAGGAGGAGUUGGACAGAACCAGCUGUCACAACAGAUGCAUGAUUUGUCAGGAACGUCUCAGAAAUUUCAAACGAUGCAAUAUUCUCAACCAUUAGGAAACCAGCAAUUCCAAGGUAGGCAAUUGCAAUCUGGGCAAAUGCAGCACGCCAUUGGGCAAAACCAACUCAACCAAGGAAAUCUAAGGAAUCAUUUAAGCCAGCUUGCUGGAACUGCUAAUAAUGCAUUGUUCAGCGCUGCUCAAUCGUCGCCGAACUCUCAAAUGAUUCCGAACAUGUCAUCUACGAUUGCACCACAAUCACUGUUGCCUAGGACCCAGUUUGGACUAUCCGGUGCACAUCAACAAAGGAAUCCCUCGUCACUCUUAAAUGAUCAAAUGUUCAACAUGGGAGCAGUAAAUCCUGGUAAUAUGAUGACAAUGCAGCAGAAACAACAACAGCAACAACAGCAGCAGCAGCAACAACAGCAACAGCAGCAGCAACAACAACAACAGCAGCAACAACAACAACAACAACAGCAGCAGCAGCAACUUGGUGCACAAGGUGGCUUUGGUAAUCUAUCGGGCAAUACGCAAAAUCUACAAUCUGGUUUGCUGCAACAGAAUCCGAACUUCCAGCAACAGAAUCAGCAGUAGCACAAUAACCUCAGUAACCUCAAUAUUAUCCCUUUUCAGUAUACAUUUGUCAGCCCGCUCUGAUCAAUGUUUAAUUGCCAGUCUAGCUAGCAGAGGUAGUUAGGAUGAGAAAGAAUCUGCCCCUCAAGCCAGUGUAUAUAGAUUAUACAUUCUAAUUCUGAAUUGUGUCUGGAAAAGUGAGUUUCAAUUGCUGUGUAUGCUGUCUUAAGCUGCAGUGCUUCUUGGUUAAAGAAGUUAGUUGUUAGAAUGUAAAGCAUCAACAUUUUUUCUUGUUGACGCGUUAUUUUUCUGUUUUCGGACUGUAUUCUAAUACACAAUUACCCA